AUGUCGACGACGGCGAAUACUAACGCGACGACUGCGCCGAAGCGUAAACCAGUGUUUGUGAAGGUGGAUCAGCUCAAACCAGGAACCAGCGGCCAUACUCUGAUCGUCAAAGUCCUUGAAUCGAAUCCCGUUAAACCGGCGAUUCGUAAAAGUUCGUUGACGCAGCAGCCAAUUUCAUCUCCUCGUAUCGCUGAGUGCCUAAUUGGUGACGAUACUGGAUGCAUUCUUUUCACCGCUCGCAACGACCAAGUUGAUCUAAUGAAGACUGGAGCAACAGUUAUACUGAGGAAUGCGAAGAUCGACUUGUUCAAGGACACUAUGAGAAUGGCUGUUGACAGAUGGGGACGCAUUGAAAUAACCGGUCCUGUUUCGUUCGAGGUUAACCGGGCCAACAAUCUCUCUCUGGUCGAGUAUGAAGUAAUUACUGCUUAA